GUAAUUGAUUGGCUGUUUUUCCAAAGCGCAUCCGCGUCCGCGCAGCCGCACUCUGCGAUGUUUUGUCACGUAUAGAGUUAUGUGACUGCAAGCGCCGGAAGGGUUGGGAAAGAAUUGAAUCGAUUGAUAGGGAGGUGAUGUGUUGGGAAGAAAAGUAUAUAAGAUGUGUCUUAUCCAGUCCAGCAAAGAAGGAACUCACUACUUCACAUUUAACACAGCUUCAAUUGCAACAGCAUUCCUGUCAGAUUCAAAUCUCGUCUCCUUUUACUAGUAUCGUAUUAAACGAGCCAAAUCAACCCUUUAACGAAUAAUGUCUUCCAGCAUCAAGAUCGACGCCAACCUACCCGCUGAUACAGUGUGGUUCAUCACCGGUUGUUCAUCCGGCAUGGGAAAAUCUCUCGCGGAGAAAAUCUUCAACACAACAACCCAUUCCAUCAUCGCCACAGCCCGCAACACCGCAUCUCUCUCCUAUCUUCCCAAGUCUCCACGUGUUCUCACUCUUUCCCUCGACGUGACUUCGCAAUCCUCCAUUACCGAAGCGCUAGAUAGCGGUCUUUCUACUUUCAAAACCAUCGACAUCCUCGUUAACAAUGCCGGCUAUAGCGUCUUAGGCGAUACAGAAGCCAUCCCUGAUGAGACCGCUCGCAAAAUUUUGGAGACAAAUUUCUGGGGCGUGGCCCGUUUGACAAACGCAGCUGUCAAGAUUUUCAGAGAGGUUAAUGGAGAGAAAGGUGGAUUGGUCGUGCAGAUCAGUACGUCGGGUGGUGUGAUGGCUGCUGCAGGCCAGGCUUAUUAUCAUGCUAGCAAGUUCGCACUCGAGGGUUUCACCGAGUCCCUCCAUCACGAAAUUCCCAAAUCUUGGAAUAUCCGUUUCCUGAUUAUCGAACCGGGUGCAGUUAAAACUAACUACGCUACCUCGUCCGUUGUGAAAGUUCCAGCUCAUCCAGCCUAUACGGAUCCUUCAUCCGGCACACGUCAGCUAGAAGCGUUUUUGGAUAAUCAUAGUUUUAGAGAUUAUAUGGCGGAGCCGGAAAAAGUUGCACAGAUCAUUAUCGAAGCAGCGGAACUGGAGAAAAAGGGAGAGAUGCCAUUGAGAUUGCCGGUGGGUCCCGAUAGUUGGAGUUUCAUCAAGGCGAAAUAUCAAGGGGAGUUGGGGGCAUUGGAGAAAGUGAAGGACUUGAGUUGGUCGACUGGGAAUGAGAGUAUAUUGAAGCUUGUGGGGUUCGCUUCUAAUUAGAGACGAGAGCUGUAAAGGGCAUGGAAAGGAGCUGGAUUUGUAGUAGAUCUGUGUACUUGAUGUGGAGGUAUCAUGAGGAAAGCAAGUAGCUGUAGCUAUGCUUUAAUAAAUUAGAUGUUGCAGUUCCAAGCUAAUAGCUAGUGGAUACGUGUAUUCCUGACUCUUUUGUGGGACAGAAUCCGUGGCAAAUGAGAUUUCUGCAAGAAAUUGGAACCUCUGAGCACUACCUUCCUGCUCUGCAAUACACGAAAUAUUUCUUUCGUUGGCGCGGUGAAAAUAUAACUUA